UUUAUAUAGUUUUUUUGAUGAGUGGUUUUAUGUGAAGCCAUGUCUUUCCCGAAGGCUCCGCUGAAACGGUUUAACGAACAAAUAGGCUGUGCACCACCCCCUGGAGCAUAUGAUGUAAAGAUUUCUGAUGGUCUUAAAGGACCUGUAUCGUUUGAAAAGUCACAAAGAUUUAGAGCAAAAAAAGACUCAAACAGCGAUGGUCUGUUUAUGGAUAAAGAGGUCGAGUUCACUUCUCCAACCCGUUUACGAAAGCACUCCUCUCAUGGAUCAACUCCAAACUUGAGACAGAAGCCUGAAAAGGAUCUAGAAUUCUUGAGAGAGAUAAAGAAACAGAAGAUGUUGGAAAAAGAGAUUCGUUCACUUUUAAAGGAACGUGCUGAGCAGGAUAAGAAACUGCUGGCUUUGGAGGAAGAAUUUAAAAAGACUGAAGUUAAACUGGUUACAGCUGUGCGGGAGAAAAGUUCCCUCUCUGCAAACAUUGCUUCUCUAGAGCGACAGAUUGCUGACCUGAAAAAAGCAAACGAGCUCUUAAAAACUAAAUUUUCUGACGACAGUGCAAAGAAAAGAUUGAACAGUUUGUCUGCUGAGCUGAUGGACACCAAAAAUAAAGUGGAUGCUAAAGACAAGGAAUUAAGUUGUCUCCAAGUAACCUUCGAAAAACAGAUUACUUUACUUAAAAAGGAUUUGGAAUGUUCUACAGCAACUUUAGAGGCUCUCAUGGAAAACAAAGUAUUUCUGGAGGAGAACCAUCAUGUAGCAAAUAUGCAACGUGAAAGCUUGCAGAAGGAGCUGGAUCAAGCACAGAGCUCAAUUAAAGCAUUAAGGAGAGAUCAUACAAUUGUUCAAGAACAGAUGUCUGUUUCCCAAGAGCAGCUAAAGAAUGUCUCUGCAGAAAUGAGACAGAAACUAAAGGAAUGUGAUAUUGCACUACAAACUGUAACAAAUAGAUUGUCAGAUCAAUGUUUGUUACAAGAGAAAACCGAAAAUCAGCUUUUUGACUCUGAGAAAAGGUUGGAGCAAACGUUGCAAAAAGUGACUCUGCUUGAAGAACAACUUAUGGCUGCAAAUAAUGAAAAAUCCAAUCUGAUGGUGGAAAAAGAUGAAACCGAGAAGAAACUAGCUAACAUUUUGGAAGAAAUGAGGGACAUUAAGGCUCAAGCUGAAAAAUAUAAAUUGGAUGCAGAUCUAAUAGAAAAUCUACUGAUGCAGAAAAAACAAGAACAGAUCGUGCAGAAGGAUUUACUUACUCAGAGGGAGCAAGACUUCUCAAUACAAAUUAAAGAGCUGGAAGAGAAAUAUAGGAAACAAAUGGAAAACAAGGAAAAUGUUUUAACUGAAAGUCAUGCAAGAGAAGAAAGCUUAAAAAUAGAGCUUGAACUGAUAAAACAGAAGCUAAGUCAACGAGAAGAUAGUCUUUAUGUUUUACAGAAGCAAGAGGUGGAACUGCGUUCCAAAUUACAAAUCGAGGAGGAUACAUCCUGUACACUACGUUCACAAAUGCAGAAUGUUCAAGAGGAAAUGAUGAGAGAGCGCCGGCUGCUGGAGGAUGAGUUGGAGGGAAUGCUUGAUGAACUUGAUAGUCUGCAGAUUGCAGAACAAGAAGCAGAUAAAAUAAUUUUGCAAUUGGAAAAUGAGAAUAAGCGUCAAGCAGAAGAGCUGGUUAAUCUUGAAGCAACCUUAAAAGAGAAAACUGCUGAGCUGGAAAGGGUCAAAGAAAAGCACAGAAUUGCUGUUUUAGAACUCAAAGAAGCACAUAGUAAUACCCUACUUAAACUGUAUGAAUUUGAAAGCUUUAAUACUUCUGCAAAAACAGAAAUAGAAUCCUUGAAAUCAGCAAAUAUGUCUUUUCUGGAGAGCCUUGCUAUAGCACAGAAAAGUAAUGAAGAACACCAAGAACAACUUCAACAACAAAUAAAGCUGAAAGAAGAUCUCGAGCAACAAAUUUUGCAGGUUAAAGAAGUAGCAGUGAAAACAAAGGAAAAAUUGGAGCAACAGCUUCUAGAGAAACAAGAAGCAUCUGCUAAGAUCAAGGAAUGUUUUGAGCAGCAGCUUCGUGAACAGCAAGAAUUAGAAGCCAGAACCAAAGAACAGUUGGAGCAGCAGCUUCUACAACUGAAAGAAUCUGCAGCCAAAGCUAUAGAGGGCUUGAAGCAACAAAUACUUGAACAAGAAACUGCAGCCAAAACAAUUGAACACUUGGAGCAGCAGCUUUGUGAACAGGAAGAAGCAGCAGCCAAAACAAAAGAAAGUUUGGAGCAGAAACUUUGUGAACAAGAAGAAGAUACACUGAAAUCCAGGGAAAGCUGGGAGGAACAGCUUCAUGUACAGGUAGAAGCUAUGGCUAAAAUGAAGGAAAGCUUAGAGCAGCAACUUCUUGAACAGGCGGAAACUGCAGCCAAAGCCAAGGAAAGCUUGGAGCAGCAACUUCGGGAAGAGGCAGAAGCUGCAGCUAAAACAAAGGAAAGCUUGGAACAGCAUAUCCAUGAACUCAAAGUAGUGGCUGGCACAUAUGCUGAGCAACAACAUGAACUAGUAGAUCUAAAGUCCCAAUGUGCCAAACUUCAGGAUUAUUCAAUAAAGAUGAAAAAUGAAUAUACAAGCAUGUUGGAAUCUGCACAGUUAAAUCUGGAAAAGAAAGAGGCAGAGAUGAAAGCUUUAGAAGAGAGACUUUUCACCAGAGAGUCAGAGUUAAAAGUUGAAGUUGCGCAGAUGCAGAGCUUGUUACAAACCCAGGAAGAGAUUGUAAAGUUGAGGGACAACUCUGCCAGGAACUAUGAAACAGAAGAAGAAAAUAAAUGGCGUGUGUUAUACGAGGAACUGCGUAACAAAGUUAGACCUUUCCAGGAACAGUUGGAUGCUUUCGAAGCUGAGAAAAAUGCCUUGCUUAAUGAACAUGGAGCAGCACAGGAAGAAAUUAACAAACUUAGUGAUGCCUAUGCCAAGCUUCUCGGUCACCAAAAUCAGAAACAAAAGAUCAAGCAUGUAAUGAAAUUGAAAACUGAGAACUGCCAGCUUAGACAGGAGGUAUCCAAACUUCGUUCUCAGCUUGCAAAAGAGAAGCAGGCAGAAAAACAGUUGCAAGAACAACUAAAUGAUAUCCAGAAUGUAAAACAAUUUGACCCAUCAAAAGCCUUCCAGCAUGAUGUCAAGGAAAAUAUAGUUCCUAAAGUUCCAUUACGAGAAGGAAACCGAAAGAAAAUCUGAUAAUUUCCUCAACUUCAUAUAGUGGAUCUAAAGAUUUCUAAAUAUUUGAUUUGCAUCAUAAAAUGCUGUGUGUGUAU